UAUCAUGAAUUAUCUAAUGGGAUCAGACCACUAUUCCAUAGAAUUACAGUCAGUUCAACAUUAUCAUUUGACUCCCAAUAAUCCACCAAGAAACUUGUGGUGAUGUAGCGGUACGCGCCGACAAUCACUAACCGAUUCGACUCGGUUGUGUUAUAGAGAUUGUAAAUAUCUAUGGUUUAUAUAUAUCUUUGUGCGAUAGACUCUAGUUUUAUUUUUCCUACGCUUUUGCGUAGGAAGUGUAUCACGAAAACAAGGGGUUUAGAAAGAAGAAAUUAUUGUCAUAUGUUUUUCAGUUAGCUUUCAGUGUGUGGAAUGCUAUAUGUCCUCUCCGUUUCUUGAACUGAAAUGUAAAUUACAUGUUACCUGCCGUCUUUCAGUGUAUGAGAUCACUUUGAAUUAUAGGAGAAGCAUUAUCCGAAGGUGGUGGGAGGUCCGGUAGCAUUGGUGGCUGCCGGUACCGCCUUUAGGAUAGGAUGGGGCAGACACUUUCGGAGCCGGUGACAACCAAGGAGUCCUCGUGUUGUCAAAAUUCUAAACUUAAGGUGGGCUCCAGCUGCAUGCAAGGAUGGCGAAUCACCAUGGAAGAUGCUCACACGCAAAUUCUGUCGUUACCCGAUGAUCCAGGAACUGCCUUUUUUGGUGUGUAUGAUGGACACGGAGGUGCCUGCAUCGCACAGUACGCUGGUGCCCACCUCCACAACAGUAUUGUGCGCAGGCCAGAAUACAAAGCAGGCAACAUCCCUGAAGCUUUGCGGAAAGGUUUUCUAGAUUUGGACAACAAGAUGCUUUCAGAUGAAGGACUGCGUGGUGAACUUGCCGGCAGCACAGCAAUAGCAGUUCUUAUAAAGGGUUCAAAGCUGUACUGUGUGAGUAUAAUGCAGGCAAAUGUUGGUGAUUCUCGAGCUGUGGCUUGUAUAGCAGGACAUGUAGAACCACUUUCACAAGAUCACAAGCCUAACAAUGAGGCUGAAUGUCGGCGAAUUGUGGCAGCAGGGGGAUAUGUAGAGUUCAACCGUGUCAAUGGCAAUCUUGCAUUAUCACGUGCUCUGGGAGACUUUAACUUUAAAAGGAACAACAGAAAAUCAGCAGAGGAACAAAUGGUAACUGCUUUUCCUGAUGUGGAGAUACGUGACAUCACAACCGAAUGGGAAUUCAUUGUAAUUGCUUGUGAUGGAAUCUGGGAUGUUAUGACUAAUGAGGAGGUGGUGGAAUUUGUUCGAAUGCGAGUGGGCACUGGAAUGGAACCGGAAGACAUCUGCCAAGACCUGAUGAUGCACUGCCUUUCUCCUGACUGCCUGAUGGGUGGCCUAGGGUGUGACAACAUGACAGUUGUCAUUGUCUGCUUUCUGCAUGAGAUGCCUUACUCCAGCCUUUGUGAUCACUGUGCUAAGCCGGUGCCUUUGACAGAGACUGGACUCCUUCAGUGAUGACUAAUUCCUGCCUCGUAUUGUGCUUAAAUGUGUAUGGAUUAAACAGUGAAGUUCCUUGAAUAAGUGUUUGAACUUCAGGGUGAUGCUUAAUGCACUUGAACUGUCUAGAUGAGUCUUAAGCAAUUCAGUGCUUUGUGGGGAUCAAUAACUGUGCCUAUUAAAUCUGGUAUGUGUACUAUUGAUAUUUAACAUUUAUGCAGAUUUUUUUUAAUUCUCCUGAUGUUUUUGUUUAGAGAGAAUUAAGAAUCAUUGAAACUUUCAUAUGAAAUGAGCUAAGUUGUAAUAGUACCCAGCACAUAGUGUUAUGUGUAAUGUUUUCUAGUCAGUCCUUCAGUUGUAAAACCAAGCCCUACAAUAAUUUCGUAUUGUCAGUGUUUGUGCAGUGACAACAGCUACUGUUCUAUAGACCUUGAGGCAAAUGAAAUAAUGCAAGUUACUGGACCAUGUUUUCUUGUCUGCAGCCACAACAAGCUGCACAUUAUUAACAACAGCAGAACUGUGCCAUAGUAGGAGGAAGUGUAAAGGAUAUAAAUUUAUAAUUGGCUAUAAUGUGUGAAAAUUAAAUUUUUAUAGUGGUGUAAGUAAAAUCAUUGAUUACUAGUUAAAUAGGCUGUUUAUUGUUAAAUUAUAUGGUUAAGUUGUUUGUUUCACGACACUGGAACUUUUUAGAUAUGUUUAGCAUCCAAUUAGAAUUUUUACAAUAGUUCUCUGAAAAGUUAGGUAGUGAAGCUGCCUAUUUAACUAAGGAGAAGUUUAUUUGGCUAACACUUUCACCACAAUGCAAGCAAUAUUUCCUUCCUCCUUUUGAAAUUAUCUUGGUUAUCAUCAAUGUUAGUCCCGAUCAAGUACACCAUUCUAACCUACCAUGAAAAUUUAACACAACAGUAAUUUUGAAAGAAGUAGAAGCUUUCAGUUCCUCUGGCUAUGAAAGAUCCACUUCAUCUACCUGUACUUUAUCACGGGUCUCAGUUCUUCAGAGUCAUUGGAGCCUGAGGAGAGUUUGAAACAGAAAUAGAGAGAAGUAAUGUUUAGUUAAAGCUUUGAAAGGCUCAGAUGGAAGAGCAUUGCUCUCAAAAGCUAGGUGUCAAAGAUUGAGAACUGGUGCAGUACACAAUGUUACUGUGGCUAUUCAUUCCAGUGUAAAUUGAGUUACAUUUCAUGAAGAAGAUUCAUCACUGUUUAAUCUCUUUUCUGGUUUCAAGUAUUUAUUCAGGGAAACUAGUUAAACACAAUUAUCCUUCAUUUCAGGGAGUUUUCCUGCAGAGAACUGAGAUCUCACAUUUGGGAUGAGGGUAAGAUCAAAUGGUUCUGUGAUUUCAUUCUCUCUUUGUAGAGAUGACUGCUCUAAGAGUCAUACCUAGUGAUCUGUGAGCAAUGAAAUUAUCAGAAAAUAUUGAGAAAUGUACAUGUACACACUCUGUCUCCUACUACACAUGGAUUAUUGUCAGUGUAGUAAUGCUCCUCUCCUGUUGUUUUAUGUUGAAUAAUGCAACCAUUUUCACACUAAUAGUUUCACUUUGUAACCUUCUCUUGUAUGUGGCUUGUAGUUUCACUUCCACGUCUGUAAUACUGUGAAGUUGCUCACAGACUGCAGCACUUCAAAAUUUAGUAAAGUAUGUGUCACAUUUUACAGCAGACAAAGAAAACUGGUAGUUCAUUAUAACACUGUGAAAAAAGAAUUGUUUCAUUACUGAUUUGGUUCUUUCCAGAAUCAGAAUAUGAAACUAUUUAUUCAUAGGCCUGCCAUGAGAGUAAUUAAUGAACAGUUGUGAUAGUAAAUGCAGAUUACCAAAGAUAAUUUUUCAUUUGUUGCUCUAACUAUAUACCCACGACAGUACAAGUCACCUACUCAUAAUUUGAAAUAGUUUUAUUAUGUUCUGUCAGCAAAUAAAAGUUUUAUUCUUGUGGAAGAGUUCUGAGUAUUAAAUGUAAUUUUCAAUGGAGAAGUGGCUACUAAUUAAUUGGAAUUACUGUCAACUGAUAGCUGUACAAAAUAUUUUCUUAUUUUCAAAUUCAGAGGUUUGUAGAAGCAGAAAUAUCUAUUUUAGAACUUAGAAUAUGGUUAUUAAAAGUAGUAUUGAACAUUCA